CCUCACUGUCUUCCUUCUUCUCUGAGGGAAGAAGUCCGCUGCGCUGUCACUUGGCUCUGUCUCUUUGGGCGGUAACCGCACGGCGGCUAGUUGACUGCAGUCAUGUCGGAUCCUGGCGGAGGAGAUGAUGGUUCGGCCAACCUGGAGGUGUCCGCUGCCGUGCAGAAUGUGGCGGACGCCUCGGUCUUGCAGAAGCACAUCCGAAAGCUCAUCCCUCUGCUGCUGGAAGAUGGCGGCGAGACCCCGGCCUCUCUGGAGUCCGCCCUGGAGGAGAAGAGCGCUGUAGAGCAGAUGAGGAAAUUCCUGUCCGACCCCCAGAUUCACACCAUCCUGGUGGAGAGGAGUACCCUGAAAGAGGAUGUUGGCGAUGAAGGGGAGGAGGAACGAGAAUUCAUCUCUUACAAUGUCAGCAUUGAUAUUCACUACGGACUCAAGUCAAACAGUUUGGCAUUCAUUAAACGCACUCCGGUCAUCGAUGCGGACAAACCUAUAUCAUCCCAGCUGCGGGUUCUGACGCUCAGCGAAGACUCCCCGUAUGAAACGCUGCACUCCUUCAUAAGCAACGCUGUUGCUCCUUUCUUUAAGUCGUACAUUCGAGAGUCAGGAAAAGCAGACAGGGAUGGUGACAAGAUGGCUCCCUCUGUCGAGAAAAAGAUAGCAGAGCUUGAAAUGGGACUCUUACACUUACAGCAGAAUAUAGAGAUUCCAGAAAUUAGUCUACUGAUUCACCCAAAUAUCACCAAUGUUGCGAAACAGUGCUAUGAAAGGGGAGAAAAGCCCAAAGUCACAGAUUUUGGAGACAAGGUGGAAGAUGCGACGUUUCUCAACCAGCUGCAGUCGGGUGUAAAUCGCUGGAUCAGAGAGAUACAGAAGGUGACUAAACUCGAUCGCGAUCCGGCAUCAGGUACUGCACUGCAGGAAAUCAGUUUUUGGCUCAAUUUGGAGAGGGCGUUAUACCGCAUUCAGGAAAAACGCGAGAGUCCAGAGGUUCUCCUAACCUUGGAUAUCUUAAAGCAUGGCAAACGCUUCCAUGCCACUGUGAGCUUUGAUACAGACACAGGCCUCAAGCAAGCAUUGGAAACGGUCAACGACUACAAUCCUCUUAUGAAAGACUUCCCUUUGAAUGACCUCCUGUCAGCCACUGAACUUGACAAAAUUAGGCAGGCCCUUGUGGCAAUUUUCACCCACCUCCGAAAAAUAAGGAACACAAAAUAUCCAAUUCAGCGGGCCCUGCGUCUUGUGGAAGCCAUAUCCAGAGACCUCAGCUCCCAGCUCCUAAAAGUUUUGGGAACAAGGAAACUCAUGCAUGUGGCAUACGAAGAAUUUGAAAAGGUAAUGGUUGCAUGCUUUGAAGUUUUCCAAACGUGGGAUGAUGAGUAUGAGAAACUUCAGGUUCUGCUGAGAGACAUCGUCAAACGCAAGCGAGAAGAAAAUCUAAAAAUGGUGUGGAGAAUUAAUCCAGCUCAUCGCAAGCUGCAGUCUCGUCUGGACCAGAUGAGAAAAUUCAGAAGGCAGCAUGAACAGCUCCGAGCUGUCAUUGUCCGUGUUCUCCGACCCCAGGUCACUGCUGUUGCCCAGCAAAAUCAAGGAGAAGUCCCCGAACCACAGGACUUGAAAGUGACAGAAGUACUUUUUGAUGCUGCUGAUGCCAACGCCAUCGAGGAAGUUAACCUUGCGUAUGAAAAUGUCAAAGAGGUAGAUGGGUUAGAUGUCUCCAAAGAAGGAACAGAAGCUUGGGAAGCGGCACUGAAAAGAUACGACGAAAGAAUUGAUAGAGUGGAGACAAGAAUCACCGCCCGUCUUCGAGACCAGCUGGGCACAGCAAAGAACGCUAAUGAAAUGUUCAGGAUCUUCUCGCGAUUCAAUGCACUCUUUGUCCGACCGCACAUCAGAGGGGCCAUUCGUGAAUAUCAAACACAGCUCAUCCAGCGUGUAAAAGAUGACAUUGAGUCACUUCACGACAAGUUCAAGGUGCAGUACCCUCAAAGUCAAGCAUGCAAGAUGAGCCAUGUACGUGAUUUACCUCCUGUGUCCGGAUCCAUUAUUUGGGCCAAACAGAUUGACCGGCAGCUUACUGCUUACAUGAAGCGCGUGGAAGAUGUUCUUGGCAAAGGUUGGGAGAACCACGUAGAAGGACAGAAAUUGAAACAGGAUGGAGACAGUUUCCGCAUGAAGCUAAACACCCAAGAAAUUUUUGACGAUUGGGCGAGGAAGGUUCAACAACGCAACCUCGGCGUCUCUGGGCGCAUUUUUACUAUUGAAAGCACGCGCGCCAGAGGCAGAACGGGGAACGUGCUCAAGCUGAAGGUCAACUUUUUGCCUGAAAUAAUAACCCUUUCUAAGGAAGUUAGAAACUUGAAAUGGCUUGGCUUCCGUGUUCCGCUGGCAAUUGUCAACAAGGCUCACCAGGCGAAUCAGCUUUAUCCUUUUGCGAUAUCGCUGAUUGAAAGUGUCCGUACAUACGAGCGCACGUGCGAGAAAGUAGAAGAGCGUAACAGUAUCAGUUUACUGGUUGCUGGCCUGAAGAAGGAGGUGCAAGCUCUAAUUGCAGAGGGUAUUGCUCUGGUGUGGGAAUCCUACAAACUGGAUCCUUACGUUCAGCGUCUUGCAGAAACCGUCUUCAACUUCCAAGAAAAGGUUGAUGACCUUCUCAUCAUUGAAGAAAAAAUUGAUUUGGAGGUCAGAUCUCUGGAAACUUGUUUGUACGAUCACAAAACCUUCUCUGAGAUACUCAACAGGAUUCAGAAAGCUGUGGAUGAUUUGAACCUUCAUUCCUACUCCAAUUUACCCAUUUGGGUCAACAAACUUGAUAUGGAGAUUGAAAGAAUUCUGGGAGUCCGUCUGCAAGCAGGCUUGAAAACCUGGACUCAGGUCCUGAUGGGUCAGUUUGAUGACAAAGCUGAAGUUGACAUGGACACAGAUGCUCCUCAAGUCAGCCACAAACCAGGCGGAGAACCAAAAAUUAAACACAUAGUACAUGAACUCAGAAUCACAAACCAAGUGAUUUAUCUGAACCCACCAAUUGAAGACUGUAGAUAUAAACUGUAUCAAGAAAUGUUCUCCUGGAAGAUGGUCAUUUUGUCCCUGCCCAGAAUUCAGAGUCAGAGAUAUCAGGUUGGAGUUCAUUAUGAGCUCUCGGAAGAAGAGAAAUGUUACAGAAAUGCUCUAACUCGAAUGCCCGAUGGACCUGCAGGUCUAGAAGAAGCCUAUUCAGCUGUGAUGGGCAUAGUGACCGAGGUUGAGCAGUAUGUUAAGGUGUGGCUGCAGUACCAGUGCUUGUGGGAUAUGCAAGCAGAAAACAUCUACAAUCGUCUUGGAGAAGACCUGAACAAAUGGCAGGCACUGCUUGUCCAGAUCCGAAAGGCCAGAGGAACGUUUGACAAUGCAGAGACGAGGAAGGACUUUGGACCCGUUAUCAUCGACUAUGGCAAGGUCCAGUCUAAAGUAAACCUAAAAUACGAUUCCUGGCAUAAGGAGGUUCUGAGCAGAUUUGGUCAAAUGCUUGGACAAAACAUGACAGAGUUCCAUUCACAAAUCUCUAAGUCGCGCCAAGAAUUGGAACAGCAUUCGGUGGACACGGCCAGCACAUCAGACGCGGUGACUUUCAUCACCUACGUUCAGUCUUUGAAACGAAAGAUCAAGCAGUUUGAGAAGCAAGUCGAUCUUUACAGAAAUGGGCAGCGAUUGCUGGAGAAGCAAAGGUUCCAGUUCCCCUCUUCCUGGCUGUACAUUGACAAUAUCGAGGGAGAAUGGGGGGCGUUCAAUGACAUCAUGCGCCGUAAGGAUUCUGCUAUUCAGCAACAAGUGGCAAACCUACAGAUGAAAAUUGUUCAGGAGGACCGGGCGGUGGAAAGUCGCUCCAUUGAUCUGCUGACUGAUUGGGAGAAGACCAAGCCUGUGGGGGGAAGCUUGCGUCCUGAAGAUGCUUUGCAGGCACUCACGAUAUACGAAGGAAAGUUUGGCCGACUCAAAGAUGACCGCGAAAAAUGUGCCAAAGCCAAGGAAGCCUUGGAGUUAACAGACACAGGACUCCUGAGCGGCAGUGAGGAAAGAGUGCAGGUAGCCUUAGAAGAACUACAAGAUCUGAAGGGCGUCUGGUCCGAGCUCUCCAAGGUGUGGGAGCAGAUUGACCAAAUGAAGGAGCAGCCAUGGGUGUCGGUUCAACCUCGUAAGCUCCGGCAAAGUCUGGAUGGACUCUUAAACCAGCUGAAGAACUUCCCUGCCCGUCUGCGCCAGUAUGCGUCCUAUGAAUAUGUGCAACGGCUCCUAAAGGGUUACAUGAAGGUAAAUAUGCUCGUCAUUGAGCUGAAAUCUGAGGCUUUGAAAGACCGCCACUGGAAACAACUUAUGAAGCGGCUGCACGUAAACUGGGUUGUGUCAGAACUUACCCUGGGACAAAUCUGGGAUGUGGAUUUGCAAAGGAAUGAAGCAAUAGUCAAGGAUGUUCUGCUUGUCGCACAAGGUGAAAUGGCCUUGGAGGAAUUCUUGAAGCAGAUUAGAGAAGUUUGGAAUGCAUAUGAACUGGACCUGGUCAAUUAUCAAAACAAAUGUCGCCUCAUCCGCGGCUGGGACGAUUUGUUCAAUAAAGUCAAAGAACAUAUCAACAGCGUGUCCGCCAUGAAGCUUUCUCCUUACUACAAGGUUUUUGAGGAGGAUGCACUGAGCUGGGAAGACAAACUCAACCGGAUCAUGGCUCUCUUUGAUGUGUGGAUUGAUGUCCAGAGGCGUUGGGUGUACCUGGAGGGCAUCUUCACUGGUAGUGCGGACAUAAAACACCUGCUUCCUGUUGAAACUCAGCGAUUCCAGAGCAUCAGUACAGAGUUCUUGGCUCUUAUGAAGAAAGUCACCAAGUCGCCGCUUGUUAUGGAUGUCCUCAACAUCCAAGGCGUUCAGAGGUCCCUAGAAAGACUAGCAGACUUGCUGGGGAAAAUCCAAAAAGCCCUGGGAGAAUAUCUGGAAAGGGAGCGAUCCUCGUUCCCACGUUUCUACUUUGUUGGUGAUGAAGAUCUUCUGGAAAUUAUCGGGAACAGCAAGAAUGUUCCCAAACUGCAGAAGCACUUCAAGAAAAUGUUUGCCGGUGUUUCGAGCAUCAUCUUAAAUGAGGAUAGCACAGUUGUUCUUGGAAUCUCGUCCCGAGAAGGAGAAGAGGUGUUCUUCAAGACACCAGUGUCAAUCACUGAACAUCCCAAGAUUAACGAGUGGCUUACACUCGUGGAAAAAGAAAUGAGGGUGACUUUGGCAAAACUGCUCGCCGAAUCGGUCACAGAAGUUGAAAUUUUUGGCAAAUCCAAAUCAAUCGACCCCGCCACUUACAUAUCCUGGAUUGACAAAUAUCAGGCUCAGCUGGUUGUCCUCUCUGCUCAGAUCGCGUGGUCAGAGAAUGUGGAAUCGGCCCUAAACAGCAUUUCUGGUGGCGGAGCGGAUGCCGGUGCGGUGCAGGCCGUGCUCACCAACGUGGAGGUUACCCUGACUGUGCUGGCAGAUUCCGUGCUGAUGGAGCAGCCACCUCUGCGCAGGAGAAAACUGGAGCACUUGAUUACAGAGCUGGUGCACCAGAGAGAUGUUACCAGAACGCUCAUUAAAAACCGAAUCGACAACCCCAAGUCCUUUGAGUGGCUGAGCCAGAUGAGAUUCUACUUUGAUCCUAAACAGACGGAUGUCUUGCAGCAGCUCUCGAUCCAGAUGGCCAACGCCAAGUUCAAUUAUGGCUUUGAGUACCUGGGAGUUCAGGACAAACUGGUGCAAACGCCUCUCACUGAUCGCUGCUACUUGACAAUGACCCAGGCCCUGGAGGCGAGACUCGGAGGUUCACCCUUUGGUCCUGCUGGUACUGGAAAGACCGAGUCAGUUAAGGCCCUUGGUCAUCAGCUCGGACGCUUCGUGCUGGUUUUCAACUGUGAUGAAACCUUUGACUUCCAGGCCAUGGGUCGUAUAUUUGUGGGACUCUGUCAAGUGGGAGCUUGGGGCUGUUUUGAUGAGUUUAACAGGCUUGAGGAGCGCAUGCUGUCUGCGGUAUCCCAGCAAGUGCAGUGUAUUCAGGAGGCUCUGCGAGAACACUCCAAUCCAAACCGUGACAGAAGUCUUACUGUCAUGUGUGAACUGCUGAAUAAACAAGUGAAAGUCAGUCCUGACAUGGCUAUCUUCAUCACCAUGAAUCCUGGAUAUGCUGGCCGAUCCAACUUGCCUGAUAACUUGAAGAAACUCUUCCGAAGCUUGGCCAUGACCAAGCCUGACCGCCAGUUGAUCGCGCAGGUCAUGUUGUACUCUCAAGGCUUCCGAACUGCCGAAAUACUUGCCAACAAGAUCGUGCCAUUCUUCAAGCUGUGCGAUGAGCAGCUUUCAUCUCAGAGCCAUUAUGACUUCGGCCUGAGAGCACUAAAAAGCGUCUUGAUCAGUGCUGGUAACGUGAAACGAGAGCGGAUUCAGAAAAUCAAAAAGCAGAAAGAGGAACGUGGAGAGGUUGUCGACGAGGGAGACGUUGCAGAAAACCUUCCAGAACAAGAAAUCUUGAUCCAAAGUGUCUGUGAAACAAUGGUGCCGAAAUUGGUUGCAGAAGAUAUUCCUCUGCUGUUCAGUUUGUUGUCUGACGUCUUCCCUGGGGUCCAGUACCACCGCGGAGAAAUGACUGCCCUUCGAGAGGAGCUGAAGAAAGUGUGCCAGGAAAUGUACCUUACGUAUGGCGAUGGAGAAGAAGUUGGUGGCAUGUGGGUAGAGAAGGUCUUACAACUGUACCAGAUCACGCAGAUUAACCAUGGCUUGAUGAUGGUGGGCCCCUCUGGAAGCGGGAAAACCAUGGCCUGGCGGGUGUUGUUGAAAGCCUUAGAAAGACUGGAAGGGGUUGAAGGGGUUUCCCACAUCAUUGAUCCCAAAGCUAUCAGUAAAGACCAUCUGUAUGGCACGCUGGAUCCAAACACCAGGGAAUGGACCGACGGUCUCUUCACACAUGUUCUGAGGAAGAUUAUCGACAAUGUCAGAGGAGAGCUACACAAACGUCAGUGGAUUAUCUUUGAUGGUGAUGUUGACCCAGAAUGGGUUGAGAACCUGAAUUCCGUAUUGGAUGAUAACAAACUUCUGACCCUUCCCAACGGAGAACGUCUCAGCCUCCCACCAAACGUGCGGAUAAUGUUUGAAGUACAGGACCUGAAAUAUGCUACUUUGGCAACCGUGUCAAGAUGUGGCAUGGUCUGGUUCAGUGAGGAUGUCCUGAGCACAGACAUGAUCUUCAACAACUUCCUGGCCAGAAUGCGCAGCAUCCCGCUAGACGAGGGAGAAGACGAGGCUCAGAGAAUGAGGAAGGGCAAAGAAGAUGAAGGUGAAGAAUCUUCGUCUCCAAUGCUCCAGAUUCAGAGAGAUGCAGCGACUGUGUUGCAGCCUUACUUCACAUCAAACGGUCUGGUAAUCAAAGCUCUUGAGCAUGCCUUUAAAUUGGAGCACAUCAUGGAUCUCACUCGCUUGCGCUGCCUGGGGUCGUUGUUCUCCAUGUUGCACCAGGCCUGUCGCAAUGUUGCCCAGUACAAUGCCAACCAUCCGGACUUUCCGAUGCCCAUUGAUCAACUGGAACGCUACAUACAGCGUUACCUUAUCUAUGCCGUUCUGUGGUCGUUCUCUGGAGAUGGCCGUCUAAAAAUUAGGGCUGAGCUGGGUGAAUAUAUCAGGAGAAUUACAACCAUUCCUCUGCCGACUACGCCCAAUAUACCAAUCAUCGAUUAUGAGGUCUCCAUUAGUGGAGAAUGGGUGCCGUGGCAGGCCAAAGUGCCUCAGAUUGAAGUUGAAACCCACAAGGUGGCAGCGCCCGAUGUUGUCGUUCCUACUCUGGAUACCGUCCGACACGAAGCUCUGCUUUACACUUGGCUGGCGGAACACAAGCCGCUUGUCCUCUGUGGUCCACCUGGGUCUGGCAAGACCAUGACUCUAUUCAGCGCCCUGAGAGCUCUCCCUGACAUGGAGGUUGUCGGCCUGAACUUCUCCAGCGCUACCACACCAGAGCUCUUGCUUAAAACCUUCGAUCACUACUGCGAAUACAGAAGGACGCCAAACGGUGUAGUACUGGCACCGGUGCAGCUGGGAAAAUGGUUGGUGCUCUUUUGUGACGAAAUUAACCUGCCAGACAUGGACAAGUAUGGAACACAGAGAGUUAUAUCUUUCAUCAGACAGAUGGUUGAACACGGAGGAUUUUAUAGAACCUCUGACCAAACAUGGGUGAAGCUGGAGAGAAUCCAGUUUGUUGGCGCUUGUAACCCACCUACUGACCCUGGAAGAAAGCCUCUGUCUCACAGGUUCUUGCGUCAUGUACCUGUAGUUUAUGUAGAUUACCCAGGGCCAGCAUCAUUGACCCAGAUUUAUGGAACGUUCAAUCGUGCAAUGCUGAGACUCAUCCCCUCUCUGCGCACGUACGCAGAACCUCUAACCGCGGCCAUGGUGGAAUUCUACACCAUGUCACAGGAGAGAUUUACGCAGGACACUCAGCCGCAUUACAUCUACUCGCCCCGUGAAAUGACCCGGUGGGUGAGGGGUAUCUUUGAAGCAUUGAGACCCCUUGAAACCCUCCCUGUCGAGGGUCUCAUCAGAAUCUGGGCCCAUGAAGCCCUUCGGCUCUUCCAAGACAGACUUGUUGAAGAUGAAGAGAGGCGCUGGACGGAUGAGAACAUUGACAUGGUGGCCCUGAAACACUUCCCAAAUGUGGAAAAAGAAAAGGCGCUGAAUAGGCCCAUUCUGUACAGCAACUGGCUCUCCAAGGAUUACAUACCAGUUGAUCAGGAAGAACUCAGGGACUAUGUGAAAGCUCGUCUGAAGGUCUUCUAUGAAGAAGAGCUGGAUGUGCCCCUCGUACUGUUUAAUGAAGUCUUAGACCAUGUGUUGAGGAUCGACAGAAUUUUCAGACAGCCGCAAGGUCAUUUGCUUCUCAUUGGAGUGAGUGGAGCAGGGAAGACGACUCUCUCGCGCUUUGUCGCCUGGAUGAACGGUUUAAGCGUUUAUCAAAUUAAGGUGCACCGCAAGUACACCGGAGAAGACUUUGAUGAAGACCUAAGGACUGUGCUGAGGCGUUCGGGCUGCAAGAAUGAGAAGAUUGCGUUUAUCAUGGAUGAAUCCAACGUGCUGGAUUCAGGGUUCCUGGAACGCAUGAACACGCUGCUGGCCAACGGAGAGGUUCCAGGAUUGUUUGAGGGUGAUGAAUAUUCAACGCUAAUGACACAAUGUAAAGAGGGAGCCCAAAAAGAAGGCUUGAUGCUGGAUUCUCAUGAAGAAUUGUACAAGUGGUUCACCAGCCAGGUCAUUCGUAAUCUCCAUGUGGUCUUCACCAUGAAUCCAUCCUCGGAAGGCUUGAAAGACAGGGCUGCCACAUCCCCAGCUCUGUUCAACAGGUGUGUGUUGAACUGGUUUGGUGACUGGUCGACGGAAGCACUCUACCAAGUUGGCAAGGAGUUCACUAGUAAGAUGGACCUUGAGAAGCCAAACUACGUUGUCCCGGACUACAUGCCGGUGGUGUACGACAAGCUGCCACAGCUGCCAUCUCACAGAGAAGCCAUUGUCAAUGGCUGUGUGUUUGUCCACCAAACCCUUCAUCAGGCCAAUGCUAGGCUAGCAAAAAGAGGAGGGAGGACAAUGGCAAUUACCCCUCGUCAUUACCUGGACUUCAUCAACCACUACGCGGAUCUGUUUAACGAGAAACGCAGCGAGCUGGAGGAACAACAGAUGCACUUGAAUGUUGGUCUGAGAAAAAUCAAAGAAACUGUUGAUCAGGUGGAAGAGUUGCGCAGAGAUCUCCGAAUUAAAAGCCAAGAGCUGGAAGUCAAAAAUGCCGCUGCUAACGACAAACUGAAGAAAAUGGUGAAAGAUCAGCAAGAAGCUGAAAAGAAAAAGGUGAUGAGCCAGGAGAUUCAGGAACAGUUGCACAAGCAGCAGGCCAUCAUUGCAGACAAGCAGAUGAGCGUGAAAGAGGAUCUGGACCAAGUGGAGCCUGCGGUCAUUGAGGCUCAGAAUGCGGUGAGCUCUAUAAAAAGACACCACCUUGUUGAAGUUAAAGCAAUGGCCAACCCUCCUGCUGCCGUAAAACUGGCCUUAGAGUCUAUCUGUCUUCUCUUGGGCGAGGAGACCAAUGACUGGAGACAGAUCAGAACGAUUGUGGUCAGGGAUAAUUUCAUCGGCAACAUUCUCACCCUUAACCCUGAAGAUUUAAGUGAUGCCAUCCGGGAGAAGAUGAAGAAGAAUUACAUGUCGAACCCAAGUUACAAUUAUGAACUUGUAAACAGAGCUUCAUUGGCUUGUGGCCCUAUGGUGAAAUGGGCAAUUGCACAGCUGAACUAUGCCGAUAUGCUGAAACGCGUCGAACCUCUGAGGAAUGAGCUGCAGAAACUGGAGGACGACGCCAACGACAACCAAGCAAAGGCAAACGAAGUGGAGCAGAUGAUUCGUGACCUCGAGGCUAGCAUCGCGCGCUACAAGGAGGAAUAUGCCGUCCUCAUUUCUGAGGCUCAGGCAAUCAAAGCGGAUUUGGCAGCCGUAGAAGCUAAGGUGAACCGCAGCACGGCCCUCCUGAAAAGCUUAUCUGCGGAACGUGAAAGAUGGGAGAAAACCAGCGAAACUUUCAAGAACCAGAUGUCCACCAUUGCUGGCGACUGCCUGCUCUCUGCUGCUUUCAUCGCAUACGCUGGGUACUUCGACCAACAAAUGCGUCAGAAUUUGUUCACGACGUGGUCUCAUCAUCUGCAGCAGGCCAAUAUCCAGUUCCGCACAGACAUUGCAAGAACCGAAUAUCUCUCAAACGCGGAUGAGAGACUUCGCUGGCAAGCAAGCUCCCUGCCUGCAGAUGAUCUGUGCACGGAAAAUGCGAUCAUGUUAAAACGCUUCAACAGGUAUCCUCUGAUCAUCGACCCCUCAGGCCAAGCUACUGAGUUUAUCAUGAAUGAAUACAAAGAUCGCAAAAUAACCCGCACCAGCUUCUUGGAUGAUGCUUUCAGGAAGAACUUGGAGAGCGCGUUGCGUUUUGGUAACCCGCUUCUCGUCCAAGAUGUGGAAAGCUACGACCCCAUUUUGAAUCCUGUCCUUAAUCGUGAGGUCCGCAGAACUGGUGGCAGAGUGCUGAUCACUCUCGGAGAUCAGGAUAUAGAUUUGUCUCCAUCGUUUGUCAUCUUCCUUUCGACCAGAGAUCCAACAGUUGAGUUCCCCCCAGAUCUCUGCUCUCGGGUGACGUUUGUUAACUUCACGGUGACCCGCAGUAGUUUGCAGAGCCAGUGUCUCAAUGAGGUAUUGAAAGCUGAAAGACCAGAUGUAGAUGAAAAACGAUCUGAUCUCCUUAAACUGCAAGGUGAGUUCCAGCUUCGUUUGAGGCAGUUGGAGAAGUCUCUGCUCCAGGCCCUCAACGAGGUGAAGGGCCGCAUCUUGGAUGACGACACCAUUAUCACUACCUUGGAAAACCUGAAAAAGGAGGCAGCAGAGGUCACUCGUAAGGUCGAAGAAACCGAUAUUGUCAUGCAAGAAGUCGAGAACGUCUCGCAGCAGUACCUGCCGCUCUCCACGGCCUGCAGCAGCAUCUAUUUCACAAUGGAGUCCCUCAAGCAAAUCCAUUUCCUAUACCAGUAUUCGCUGCAGUUUUUCCUGGAUAUAUACCAUACUGUACUCUAUGAGAAUGCUAAUCUGAAAGGGAUCACGGACCACACUCAGCGCCUUUCUGUGAUCACCAAGGACCUCUUCCAGGUUGCGUUUAACAGGGUCGCCAGGGGAAUGCUGCACAAUGACCACCUGACAUUUGCCAUGCUCCUCGCCCGCAUAAAACUGAAGGGAACCAUAGGGGAACCUACUUACGACCUGGAAUUCCAGCACUUCCUGAGGGGACGAGAGAUUGUCCUCGGUAACUCCACCGUACCCAAGAUGAAUGGUCUAACCGAAGAGCAAGUAGAGGCCAUGAUACGCUUGAGCAACCUGCCUGAAUUCAAGGAUAUCAUGGCAAAGGUCGAAGCUGACGAUCAAUUCUGCAUAUGGCUGGAGAGCAGCUCCCCAGAACAAACUGUGCCGUACAUCUGGAGUGAAGAUAAACCAGCCACGCCCAUAGGGCAGGCCGUCCACCGCUUGCUCCUUGUCCAAGCCUUCCGUCCAGAUCGCCUGCUGGCCAUGGCACAUAUCUUCGUUUCCACCAUUCUGGGUGAAUCCUUCAUGUCUGUCAUAGACCAGCCUCUCGACCUGGCACACAUUGUGGACACGGAGGUAAAACCCAGCACCCCAAUUCUGAUGUGUUCAGUUCCUGGGUAUGAUGCCAGUGGUCGUGGUGAAGAUCUUGCAGCUGAACAGAACACCCAGAUUACAUCCAUUGCCAUUGGCUCAGCCGAAGGCUUCAACCAGGCGGAAAAGGCCAUAAACACAGCUGUCAAGUCAGGCAGAUGGGUGAUGCUGAAGAACGUGCAUCUGGCCCCCGGCUGGCUCAUGCAACUAGAGAAGAAACUGCACUCCAUGCAGCCGCACUCAUGCUUCAGGCUCUUCCUCACUAUGGAGAUUAACCCCAAGGUGCCGGUGAAUUUACUCCGUGCCGGACGCAUCUUUGUGUUUGAGCCACCUCCUGGUGUAAAGGCAAACAUGCUGAGAACGUUUAGUAGCAUCCCUGUGUCCAGGAUUUGUAAACCUCCCAAUGAGCGUGCCCGUUUAUAUUUUCUCUUGGCCUGGUUCCACGCGAUCAUUCAAGAACGUCUGCGCUAUGCACCAUUGGGCUGGUCCAAGAAAUACGAAUUUGGAGAAUCUGAUCUUCGUUCUGCUUGUGACACGGUGGACACCUGGCUAGACGACACGGCUAAGGGCCGUCAGAACAUUUCUCCAGAUAAGAUUCCAUGGUCUGCCUUGAAGACCCUCAUGGCUCAAUCUAUUUAUGGUGGCCGAAUUGACAAUGAAUUUGACCAGCGUCUUCUAAACACUUUCCUGGAGCGGCUCUUCACCACCUCCAGUUUUGACAGUGAAUUUAAACUGGCCUGCAAGGUUGAUGGACACAAGGAUAUCCAAAUGCCAGAUGGCAUCCGGCGCGAUGAGUUUGUUCAGUGGGUCGAGUUACUCCCGGACACACAAACACCGUCCUGGCUUGGACUUCCCAACAAUGCCGAGCGUGUCCUCCUCACCACGCACGGCAUUGACAUGAUCAGCAAAAUGCUGAAAAUGCAAAUGUUGGAGGAUGAGGAUGACCUAGCGUAUGCAGAAACCGAGAAGAAACAGAGAACCGAUUCAACAUCCGAUGGUCGCCCGGCCUGGAUGAGAACUUUGCACGCAACUGCCGGCAACUGGCUUCACGUUAUUCCGCAGGCUCUCAAUCAUCUGAAACGAACUGUGGAAAAUAUUAAGGAUCCACUCUUCAGGUUUUUUGAACGCGAAGUCAAGAUGGGAGCGAAGCUUCUCCAGGACGUACGCCAGGACCUUACAGACGUCGUGCAAGUCUGCGAAGGAAAGAAGAAACAGACAAAUGAUCUGCGCACGCUGAUCAACGAUCUGGUGAAGGGUAUCCUGCCACGGAGCUGGUCACGUUUCACGGUCCCCGCUGGAAUGACCGUCAUACAGUGGGUAGCAGAUUUUAGCGACCGUAUCAAACAACUUCAGAGUAUCUCACAAGCUGCUGCAACCAGUGGGGCGAAGGAAUUGAAGAACAUUCACGUGUGGCUCGGUGGCUUGUUUGUCCCAGAAGCUUAUAUUACGGCCACAAGACAGUAUGUUGCCCAAGCCAACAGCUGGUCUCUCGAGGAGCUCAGCCUGGAGGUGAGCAUGACGACCUCCCAGAACGCAGUGCUGGAUGCCUACAGCUUCGGGAUCACAGGUCUGAAACUCCAAGGAGCAACUUGUAUUAACAACAAACUGGCUCUUUCCAACGCCAUCUCCACCGUGCUGCCGCUGACACAGCUGCGCUGGACCAAGCAGACAAAUGCCGAGAAGAAGGCGAAUGUGGUGACCCUGCCCGUCUAUCUGAACUUCACACGAGCCGAUCUGAUCUUCACAGUUGAUUUUGAUAUCGCUACAAAGGAAGAUCCUCACAGCUUCUAUGAACGUGGCGUGGCCAUUCUGAGCACAGAGUAAACGUGAAGCAUUUAACUGUUCAGGAUAUGUUUCAUUGUCCUCUCCAGAUUUGUGUUAUCUAAUAUUGUGAUGGAUUAGAGUGAUGUGAGAAAAAAAGCACUGAAAGCUGAAUUUCGAAGGAACAGUGAAAAGUAGAAACAAGGAUGGUUUUAAAUAAUGUGGGCUUCUAAGUGAUGGAAUUGGCAGGUUAAAUUAAUACGAGGGAUGGUUAAGUAAGUUCACAAAGAAAAAUGAAUGAAAAGAGAAAUUAGAUGUCUUGUCCUGUAACUGCAUUUAUUUUAAGCGAAUAAAAUGUAUGACCUAA